AGUCUCUAGAGAACUUCCUGUUGUCACCACACCUCUGGGUGAGUUGUCUGAGCUCGCUGUGAGCAAAACCCACAGUGGAAACUCUUUAGGCUCUGGGAAGUCAAUCAUUCUUCUUGUGAAUGUGACACACAUCCUGUCCAGUUCCAUAUGCGGAGAUUAUAUUUAUUCAUCACUUUGAUAUGCUUGGUGCGAUCAGACACAGAGGAAACAUGUUAUUCGUUUACCAGACUGAGCUUUCCCAGUGCAGUGGUUGGUACGGAACUAAAUGUGAAGCUGAUACUCUACACAAGGAGAAACCUGACCUGCGCACAGGCCAUCAACUCCACAGCUUUUGGGAACUUGAAUGUGACCAAGAAAACUACCUUUAUUAUCCAUGGAUUCAGGCCUACCGGCUCCCCUCCAAUCUGGAUGGAGGACUUAGUAGGGGGUUUGCUCUCUGUCGAAGACAUGAACGUGGUGGUUGUUGAUUGGAUUCGAGGAGCUACAACUGUAUUAUACAACCACGCCGCUAGUAAGGCCAAAAAAGUAGCCACAGUCUUGAAGGAAUUUAUUGACCAGAUGCUGGCAAAAGGGGCUUCUCUUGAUGACAUUUACAUGAUUGGAGUAAGUCUGGGAGCCCACAUAGCUGGGUUUGUUGGACAGAAGUACAAUGGGCAGCUGGGGAGGAUUACAGCACUGGGCUAUAGGGAACCAUUAGGAAACAUAGACUUUUAUCCAAAUGGCGGAUUGGAUCAACCUGGUUGUCCCAAGACAAUAUUUGGAGGGAUGCAGUAUUUUAAAUGUGACCACCAGAGGUCCGUGUACCUGUACCUAUCCUCCCUGAGAGAAAACUGUAACAUCACCGCAUAUCCUUGUGAAUCCUACCUGGACUAUAGGAACGGCAAGUGUGUCAGCUGCGGCAUACCACAAAAGGAGCCCUGUCCCCUUCUGGGCUAUUAUGCUGAUCAUUGGAAAGACUCUUUAAAGGGGAAAGAUCCCUUAAUGACUAAGGCAUUCUUUGACACAACUGAGAAGAAACCAUUCUGCAUGUAUCAUUUCUUUGUGGAUAUUAUAACAUGGAACAAGAAUGUAAGAAGAGGGGCCAUUACAAUCAAAUUGAGAGACAAAGCUGGAAACACCACAGAAUCCAAAAUCGAUCAUGAACCCGCCACAUUUCAGAAAUAUCACCAAGUGAGUUUGCUUGCAAGAUUUAACCAAGAUCUGGAUAAAGUGUCAGCGAUUUCCCUGGUGUUCUCUACAGGAUCUGUAAUAGGCCCAAAGUACAAGCUCCGGAUUCUCCGAAUGAAGUUAAGGUCCCUUGUCCAUCCAGAGAGGCCCCAGUUGUGUCGGUAUGAUCUUGUCCUGAGGGAAAACGUUGAAACAGUCUUCCAACCUAUUCUUUGCCCAAAGUUGCAGAUGUAACUGUUGACAGAACACACACCGGUAAUAUCAAGAAAGCUACAACAACAGCAUCUUACAAAGCUUCAUCUCGCUUAUUCCUCAAGGCACAAAAAGAAUGGAAAAACCAAGAUUUUUUUCAGUAGCGUCCUCUGGCUGUCAUAUUACGCAGCAUCAAACAACCUUGUGAUUAUAAAACAGUCCUGCGAACAGAGCUCCUAACUAGGGCAAGUCAGAAAUAGCCAGGCUUGCGGCAGCGCGGCACUGUGUCUGUUGCGUCCUGGGGCCUCAUUUGUUCCAACCUGUCGAUUUGCUGCCUAUCCAUCCCGUCGGCGGGUUUGUCCAUCGUGGCUACAGGUCAGGCAUUGUAAAGGGAAGGACAGGUUGGAGGCCUCGCUUUGGAUUCUGCAUUCCCUGUGCCAAAUUCCUCCAGUUCCUGCAUGUAGUCGGGAAUGAAACUGACCUACCUCACUCAGGGUUUGGGAGGCAAGUCUAUGUAUGAAGGGUUUUUUGAAAUCCCAUGGGUACCGCAUUUAUGAGAUGUUUGAGAAAUGUGAAUAUGCUUUUAUUUAUUUUCACAGGUUUUUGUCUAAGUUGCAAUGAGAGAGCCUCUUUUUAUCAACACCAGCUUGUCCCUUGGGCUGUUUCCUCUGGGAAGGUCAGAGAGCCACACCCUGGCCUCCUGCCUUCUCUGAAGUGGUGUUGGGGCCCAGAGGAGGUGGAGGAUGUGGGCAUGGACUGGCA